AUCCAUUGACGGCCAAAACUUCAUCGCCAAGAAAAGUUCCUCGUAUCUUUUUCUGACCCACCAAGGCCAUCGGUUUCAUAUAUAGAUACACACAUAUAUAUGUACAUAUACAUCGCAUUCUGGACCCAACCCACGAACGCACACUCUCUUUCUGUGUUGUCUCUCAAAGAUCACGUUCAUGGAGAAACUGAAGAUUGCAGGAGCAUGGUCGGGGGUGUUGGAACUGGAACUCCAGGUUUGGACUGUGUCCAUGUUGAGAGAGGAGGUGGCAAAGCGGGCCAGCUGUGGGCCGGAAUCGAUUAACUUGAUUUGGUCCGGGAAGCUUUUGAAAGAUGAGAAUCUGAAAUUGAUUGAAUUGGGAAUUAAGAACAAUGGCAAGGUUUUGGCCACUCGGGUUUGUUCUGAUCAGGGAAAGUCUCUCAAAGAAGAAUUCAUGGCUGAGGAGGAACGCUCGACUAGACUUGCUCGGGUCAAGGCAGCUGCCAUUGCCCUGUCCAAGAGACAUGCAGCUGGUUCACUACCGGUAGAGGAUUUUAAUAUAGAACUUGAAGAUCAGAGUGGGCAGAAAGUGCAUUUGGGAUCUGAGACUGAUCAGAGGGCAGUGAUGAUGGGCCUGAUGCUUCAUGCAAAUGCUAAACAAAUGAUUAAAAAGGAAAAUUACAAAGAUGCAUUAGAAGUUCUUUCCAUGGGAGAGGAGGCUUUCUCUCUAUGCAACCCCAAGGUCAUUGAGCUGGUUGACAAUGUCCCAAUACUACAAAUAGACAUGGUGUGGUGCUAUUUCAUGCUGAGAGAUAUCAGAUGGCUUUCAGAAGCAGGAAUACGACUUGCAAAAGCUAGAGAAGGAAUUGAACGUUCUCACGGGAAGGAUGCUUCCCGUGUCAGGGUCCUUCAAAAUGGUCGUUACCCAGAGCUUGCGUUACAUUUGAGACUUGAACUGUUGGAAGGAGUAGUGUCGUUCCACAGUGGUCAGUUUGAAAAAUCAAAGAAGGUGUUGACCUCUGCACAAGCUAAAUACUUCCAGCUCCAGGUGCCAGAUGAAGCCUUAUCAUUGCUUAUGAGCAUGGGCUACAAAGAACGUAAUGCAAAGAGGGCUCUAAGAAUGAGCAAUCAACAGAUUGAUCUUGCUAUUGAUUUCCUUGUCGAGGAGAAAGCAAAGAAAGAGAAGAAACGUGAGGAAGAUAUUCAGCGAAGGAAUGAAAUCAUGGAGCAAAAAAGGUAUGGAAUGACACCCCUCAGGAAAGCUGUUGAUCUCCAGAGCUUACAUAUGUUGGUCUCCAUUGGGUUUGAGAAGGAGCUUGCUGCUGAAGCUCUUCGAAGAAAUGAGAAUGACACUCAGAAGGCUUUGGAUGACUUGACAAACCCAGAAACUAAUUCUGCCAUACAGCUUGAUAUUGAAUCAAGGAAAAGAAAAAGACAACGCCAAGCAAAUGAGGCUGCAAUUGAAGAGCUUAUUUCAAUGGGCUUUGAAAGAUCAGAAGUUGUUACAGCUGUUCAGGCCUUUGGCACUAAAGAACAAGCAUUGAAUGCUCUACUAGGAACAGCAAAGGCAAAUCCCACGGCUCCAGAUGACAGCAAUGUAAUUCCUUCGGGUUCAAUGCCUGAUGAGGCCAGCCUUGGCAGUUGGAGUGAAGUGGGUGAUGCCGGAGGUUCAUCAAGUGCCAAGAAAGGGGAAGAGCGGGACCUGGAGAUGGAGGAUGAACUUGCUGAGGAUCUACGAAACGGGGAUGCAUUUGCAGACUAUGACAUGGAAGUUACCAAAGAAGGUGAAGCUAUAAAUGAAUACUUGACUCUGCUGGCUUCUGCAGACCAAAGUGAGAAAGCAUCCUCUUCCCGGUGAGAAGGGGAAAGACACAAUCAUGCAAAGUUGUUUGUUAUGCUUUCUUUUUCUUUUUCUUUUUCUUUUUCCUUUUCCCCUGUGAAUAGGACUUUUAUGUUGCAUAAGUGAAGCUGAUAGAUGUGACUGAUUUCUAAUGGCUGGAGUCGAUCUUCAGUGAUACACUUCCAGUAUAGUUCAUAUAAGGUAGAAGAGUAUUCUGGACUCUUGCGUAUCCCCUGGAGUUGCAAUAACAAUACAGAGCCAAAAAUACCACUUCUGGUUCAUACAAAUUUAAAUAAUUUAGAUUAUAGACAGUCAUUAUCAAAGACUUGCUAAGAGGGCUAUUUAUUUCCAAAUUGUAGAAGCCA